CACAAUUUAGUCCCAUCUCAGGUGGCAUCCCCUCUACGGAUCCGUACUAUGUACAAUACCUUAGGUACCUCUAAGGCUCUAAGGCUCUGACGGCAUUAGGUACACCUUGGGAGUUGCUUUCUACAAUUUGUUAGCUUUUCUUGAUGAUGCGCAUAGCAACCCACCCGCCAUGAACGGUGUAAUAGAGGCACUGCACAUCUACGAUGAGCAUAAUCGUGCGAUCCUCUCUCAUACUUAUACCUCGCGUCCUCUUUCAGCCGCCGCCCUUCUUCCCCUGUAUCUCGAACGUCCAGCUCCAAGACCUAAUCUAAUAUACCUAUCGAAUACCAACCCUCCGACCCUUGUAUUCAGUCUUAUUCAUGCAAAUAUUCUCUAUCUAGCCACCUCUUCUUCCGAAAUAGAGCCUCUUCUCGUCCUCGAGUUUCUCCAUCGUAUAAUAGACGCCCUUGAAGAGUUCCUUGGCGCACCGGUUCUAGCGCACAAGAUCGAAGCAAACUACGAUGUCGUUGCUCAACUUCUUACUGAGAUGUGCGAUGCCGGCACCGUUAGUACUACAGAACCGAACGCUCUAAGGGAUGUGAUCGAAGUAGAGGGUCUUCUAGGAAAACUAUUAGGUAGCAUUAAUCUACCUGGCAAAUCCCCUAGUAACUCAAGCAGCCCAUCUCUUAUAGCUCAGACUACGCCGGCUCUCCCCUGGAGGCGGGCGAAUGUUCGGCAUACAUCAAACGAGCUCUACGCCGAUAUUGUGGAAACGUUAUCCGUUACUCUUGCGCCAUCUGGUAGGCCGAUCGCCGCAUAUGCGAAUGGUACUAUUGCAUUUACGUCCAAGGUAUCUGGAGUCCCAGAUAUCCUUUUAAACCUCACCGGGCCCUCGGGAAAGCAUAACCUGAAGAGUGUCAUGGAGUUACCAGUAUUCCAUCCGUGUGUGCGAUUGAAUAGAUGGAAGGAGAGCCCAGGAGAACUCAGCUUCAUACCUCCAGAUGGACGUUUCAUCCUUGCAGGCUACGAAGUAGAUUUACUGCCUUUUACUAACGGGAAGAGUGGCAAUUUGAACUCGAACAGCCUCAGGCUCCCGGUAAACCUUGAAGUCAAAACUAGUUUAGGCUCGACCGGUUCAGACUUCGAAGUGCGGCUCAACAUCAAUAAAAACUUUGGAUCUUCCAAUUCCUCAAUAUCGGGGUCAUCCGGUAGAGGAAGUGGCCCGGGUGGUAGAGGAUUCGGAGGACAACAACCGGGCUCGGCCGGCGCGCCAUUAUUACAAGACCUUAUCGUCUCAAUGCCCUUACCUGCUGAGGUUAGGAAUCUUUCGGAUAUUCGACCGAGCAAGGGAGAUGCCAGUUUUAAUCCGGCGGAUAAAAUGCUCGAAUGGCAUAUACCAACGAAGGGGCUUUCGGCGGGAACACCUUAUUAUGGCCUUCGCUGCUCUGUUCAGGGGCCCUUAACUGAAGAUCAAAAAGAUAGCGAUCCUAACGGAUUUGGUUUCGGUAGGGACUAUACUUAUGACGAGCCAUAUCAGAGCAAUUUAGAUGAGAAGUCCAAAAAUGGCGGAGGGAUCUCAGAUGACGAGAAGGACGCCAAAAGAAUUGCCCAAAACAAGAUCCUGAUGCCGAGCUCUGCGUCUGUCAGCUUCUCUGUAAAGGGUUGGCUAUCAAGUGGAAUUAAGGUAGAGAGCAUCCUCAUUGACCCGAGAAAGAGUCGAGGUCUCGGCGAAGGAAUAAAGCCUUAUAAGGGUGUGAAGUAUCUUACUAUCAGCAAAGGGGGCGUCGAGAUUAGAUGCUAAAGGGGCACGUAGGGCAUAUUAACGGUUAGGUUACAUUUGGGAGUUGGCACUAUCCAGUAAUGCAUUGCAUGAUUGUAUGAUUGCAUGAUCGGCGUUUUGGUGUCCAUGCAUAGAUCAACAGGACAUCGAGCUAGGUGCUAAUUGAAUCAUGAAUGAUUACCUCUGUCUUCCUCGAUUAUGAGGUACCUAACCUAGUCUGGGUACCUACGUUUAACCAUUAAUGAUGCAACUAUUUCCGACGGAUAUCUUCGGAUGUACAUGAAUACAUGUAUUGAGCUAGACCCUGGGCAACCGGGGAAGAAUGUGGGGGAGGGGAGGGACCUUGGCAAUUGCGGGC